UUUUCAGCAAUACAUCAACAAACUGGUUUGGUACCUAAGAUUUUACUUUAUAUUAAUAUUAACUUUAUGCAUUUACUUACUAACAAUCUUUGAAGUCAACUUGUGCAAAUCCAAGUUUGAACGAAAAGUCAUAUAUUUCACUUUUUCCAUGUCAAUUAAUAAAUCACGAUUUUCACAAUUACAAUUAAUCUUGAACAUGAAAAACAAUUGUGAAUUUAUUUUCUCAUCUUUCUCUUGUUCUCGUCGAAAUUUCAGGUUAUGAUACGAUUAUACUCAGUGGUGGGUACGUCGAAAAUUACAUGUCACAUAUUACAUUUUAUACACCGACAUUUUUAUACCCGAGCGUAAUAUUAUACGCCGCUGCUGAACUUGCAGUAUCUUUACGUAUUUACUCGUUCCCGCCUUUACUGCCGCGGUACAUUUCGAUAUAGCCAGAACUGCCAUAAGAAUUAUAGUGCUUUGCUUUGAACCCUUUUUAUAUAAGACUUGGACACUUAAAUUAAUUGAUAUAAGUACACACUGCAAUGGAUGUUAGCAGGCCGAAACAUUCGGAGUGGUCUAGGUUAGGCUUCGAAGCAAAAACAGAGUAUAAUGAAAGCGGGAAAAAGGUUAAUGUUGCAUAUUGUUUACAGUGCGAAAAGUGCCUUAAAAAUACAGCUGCUAGACGAUUGAAAUCACACAGGAAUGUGUGCAAACUUGACAUUAAUAAAUUGAAGAACUGUGUUAGCGAAUGCGUCGAUAACGAUGACAUUCAAAGUGAUCACGUAAAUCUUAAUGAAGAGUCGGAGAAACACCAUGGUGUAAAAAGGAAAGCGAGCACUAGAUUUAGUGACAUUGAUAUGAACGUCAUCAAUAAUUCUACUGAGAACGCAAAAGAAGACAAGAUUGAUAAGAACAAGAUGGCCAAUUUUUUCGAUCAGAUAAAUGAUCAAGAAAGUAAAAAAAUUGAUGAAGCUUUGAUAGAAUUGUUCAUCGCACUUGACAUUCAGUUCGACCAGGUUAACUCUCGCUACUUUAAAAAUUUCAUUCAGCUAUUGCGGCCAGCAUACGGAUUAUUAUUACCUGCGAGAGAAAAAUUGUCUGGAGAGCUAUUAUCAAAACAAUGGUUUUGUUCUUGUUGAUAAACAAAGGCGACCAACGAUUUAGUGUAACGUUUGAUAAAAGCGAACAAUUAAUGUAUGUGAAAACGCAAGAUUCCACAAGUGAAACCAUAGAUAUUUUCGUUAAAAAUUCGAUUUAAAUGGCCGAGAAAAAAUAUGGCACUAACGUUUAUAUCGUUAUUCUUGAUUCAAAAGAGACCCGAGAAUGUUGUACUGAAAAUGAAAAUUAUCAUUUAUUAACUUGUCUAUCUACAGAAUUACAAUCACUUGUGGAAUCACUAAUCAAUUUGGAAUUAUUAAAUGAAGUAGAUACUGUGUUAAAAGAGUUUUCCGUACCAGCUCUGCAAGAUCAAUUUCAUACUGAGAAUGGAAUGUCAAUAAUCCAAUUGGAAAUUGACGACUUCAAAACAUAUUACGAUGGUUUUUUAUCCUUUUCGAAAAAUUUAAAAACUAUGCGUAAGUUGGUAGGAAAUGAAACUUAUUCUUUUAAUCCGAGUAUUCUCUUUUUGAUUUUUAACAAUGAUUUUGAAAAGAAACUUGAUGAUGCGUUGGGAAUCUUAAAAUUUGUUCAUAAAAUUGCUCAGGAUCAAGGACUACACUACACAUUGGCUGAUGCCGUUGAAGAUUGGCACAUGCUAUUAAAUGCUACGGCGAUUAAUGAAUGUCAAAACGUUAGAAUUCUCGAGUUUAGCAAAUCCAUUUUUGAACCAAUUUCAUUAACAGCAAAUUAUUUGCACCCACGAUAUCAGGGCAAACGUUUUAGUAAAAAUGAUUGAUUAACAAAUAAGAUGCUGCAGUUUAUUUUAGAGCAUUUAAAUGAAGAUGGCAUGGAAAGUUUUUUUCAAUAUCAAGAAAAAACUGGUAUAUUCCAAACGUUGUUUGUAAAACAAUACCAGUCUGCCGAAAUAUUUUGGCGUAUUGUGGCAACACAAAAUCAAAGUUUAUCAAAAUUUGCGUUGCAAAUGUUAAAAAUUCCUGCAUUUACAAUAAACAAAAACAUUUCUUUAAUAACAUGAUGUUCUGAGAACUCUUCACAACAAAGUAAAAUAACUGAAUUGUAUCAUUUGCUAAAAAUGAAUGAAUAAUUUAUUAUAUCAAUACAAAUAAAUAAAUGCGUUUUCAUAUGUAAAAUAAUUCAAACAUAUUUUUGAACAGUAAAACAUAAAAUUUAACAUUUUAAUAUUUUCUAUAAACAUUAGUCGCCUUUUAUAAUUUUUAUUGUAAAACUAUCUUUUCAAGAAACACAUAAGUAAUUUUGAUUUCAUUAUUUCUUGAUUUUAUUCAUCUAAAAUAUCAUUUUCAAAAUGAGCAUUUCAAAUAUUAUCUCUCAUUCGCAACGUAUAAUACAAACAAACUAAUUUGGCUGAUCGAUGAGGCCUCAAUCGAUUGCGUUUCGUAUCAUGGACAUAUGACCAUUGCGAGAACAAUCGCUCCAAUUCACGCGUUGAUGCGCACAUGUUGAAUAAUUUUAACGCAAGAUGACUGAGUUCGGGGAAGAAAUUUCUCGCAGCCUUCCAAAAAGUUUCCCAGGAUUAAUAAUUUCUAUCAAAAAGAAUUCUAAAGACUCCAGCUCUAUUGCGGUAACUUUCAAGUUCUGUUAAGCCAUCAGCUGUUAAAUUUUGUGCAAAAAAUUCAUUCAUUUUAUUUAGAUUUUGCUCUGAAUUAGAAAAUCUUCUUCUCUGGUAUACUGGAUGUAAAUAAUUUGCAGCCAAUCCAUAUUUGUUUAUAACUUUAACGAAUCGAUUCUCUAUUAAAACUUCAAAAUCAUCAUUGAUUGCUGGCAAAUUUAUUUGCAACCAGUAUUCCGUAGAGUCAGCUAUAGUUGCAGUAUUUUUCUCGCAAUUGCGUAUUAGUUCGCAAACAGGAUCAAGCAUAACUAAACUUUCUUGUAACCUUGAAACGCUCAUCACUUCUUCUUACUGGUCCUUGGUACUUUUUUAAUAUUAGAUUUUAAUAAAAGAAAUAAUAAGUCUAAUAUUUAUUAGAAAAAGUAAUAAACAUUUGCAAAUCUGAACCGUGGAUCCGAAUUCAGAUUUGGAAUAAAUCGAUUUUACUUUAAAUUAUUAUUUAACGAAUAAUAUAAAAAGAAAAUUGAUUGUAAAUGAAUUAAAUAAUAAUAAUAAUAGUAGGUCCGGGAUUGUGGGUAAUGAGUAUGCAACGCAAUAAUUAUAAACUCUUGUUUAUAUUUAAAAUAGUGUGUAUAUUAACAAAAAUAAUUUAACAUAAGAAUAAUGCCUAUUAUUGCUAUUAUUCUUUUUAAAUCAGAUUUAGUUACAAUUUUUGUUUAUUUUUUUAUGAAGACUUCUGUUAUGCGAUUAUUAAAUAUUAUUAAAUUCUACGCUUAAUUUUGCAGUAGAGUAUGUGUUAGAGCGCUUAAAAGUGCUUCUCGAAAUUUAUAAUUAUUAAAUUCUACGCUUAAUUUUGCAGUAGAUUUCUGUAUAUGUACUAAGGCGCUUAAAAGUGCAGCCAGAGUAGACUAGACCGCUUAAUUGUGCUGCUACUAGUGAUUGAACACAGGCCUCGCAUGGCCUUUUAUAGGGCGCUAAGCGAGCGCUGAUCGAGCCGCCGAAAAUAUUCGCACAUUCACACAAUCAUACUAUCAUUCAUUCAUAUUUACAUUUAUCAUUUAUACAAACAUACUCGGAUGCGCACGACUCGCCGUCGCUCGCUUACGCGCACAUAUACAUAUAAAUACUGUUACGCAACGCGCUGCUGCUAAUGCUGGCUUGGUAGGUGGAGAGAGAAGGGGGACGCGCACGCACACAUGCGCGUCGAUGGCCUGCCGUCGCUGCGUUGACUACUGCGUAGCUGUUGGUUUCGUAGGAGGUGAGAAGAGUGGGGACGGCCGAAAUAUUCCUUGCGCUCGCUGUAUAGGCAGAGUCGGAUGUUUUUAGGAUUUUUUUAAAUGUAUAUGUUCUAGGAAGUUACACGCCGGAUCAUGUAUAGGGCAUUACAACCUUAGUUCAAAAUUAUCGUCAAAUAAUAAGUUUCUAUUAUCAUCUUUUAUAAUAGCGCCAUUAUUUACUACUAACCGCAUAAAAGGAGCAUUUCGUAAAGCUCGACGAAACACAUCUCUGUAACUACACCAACGGGUAUCUCCUGCCAAAAUUAUUCGAUUUCCGCCUGCUUCAACUAAUAAAUGUUCUAAAUUGGGAUUCUUAAACUUUUUUAAGAGUGUAUUAAUUUGUCAUACAAAUACACAUGUCAUAUAUACAUGCUGUAAUUAUCGGUAAAACAGGGAAUAAUUAGUGUUCCGAUUUUCGUUAGAUGGCGCUUGAAUUGGAAAGCAGGGACGUAUAUUGCGAAACUAUAUACUACUGAACCCUCUACCUUUUUACAAGUAAAAAGUAAUAAAUAAUAAUAAUUUUGUAAGGAAUAAGUAGAGUUAUGUAUAUUCUUUAACCUCGAAACAGAAAAUAAGUAAUAAUCUAUUUUAUAAUAAAGUUUAGUUAUAUAAAUUUAAUUUGGAACAAAAUAAAAAAUAGUCAAUAUAGAUUUUUUAUAUAGAUUUAUUCUUUUUUAUUGUUGAAU